GCAACAAGAAACUAAAAUGGCGACCCAGGACAGAAGUCCGUCGCUGUUUGCUGGCAAGCCAUGGUCAGCAAUGGCCGACAGUUGGUCCACAGCUGAUGAAAAGGAAUCAGGCGAUUCAAAGGAAUCAGAAGAUAAGGAUGACAACAGUGAUAGUAUGAAACUCCGUAAAGACGAUAAAUACCUUUUUGGUAUUUGUCCCUCCCAAGAUGAAUUUUACUUGGUUGUCUGUGAAAAAUGUAACCAAGUGAUCAAACCUCAAGCCUUGAAACGGCAUAUGGUGAAUCGCCAUGGGUUGAAGGACAGUAAGGCAUUGAUCAAGGCUGCAAUAGGUGCCGACUUCCCCAAGACUGGCAGUGACACACCAGUCAAGGAAGGUCGCAAGCCUUUGACCAAGGCCAGCCUGAAACAGCCUCCACAAUCCAACCUUGUGCCUAAGAUGGCGUCUCUGUCCAAGAGCAACACCUCCUCCGGGAGCAGCAGCAGCAGCUCAAUGAAGAAAUCUCACACAAUGCCAGUGGUGAAAAUGGAACGAAUACCCGAACAACUGGCCAAACGAACUCUGUCAGUGGCCCCCGAGUCUGGUUCCAAACCAGCGCUCACCAACGGAACUGUGAAGGCCAACUCCAGUGGUGCCCCGACACCCCCCACUCCCCCAGUAUCGCAACCUACUCAUGCAAGUGUGGUGUCUGUUGUCACUACUACCACUACAACAUCGAAGAGCUCCAUCAGCAGCAGCAAUAUGACUCCAAGUGCUACUACCACCGUGACACCGUCCCCUGCAAUGACGACUGUCACGCCUGCCGCCCCCUCGGUGCCACCUCCGACACCUACACCGGCCCCUUCCAUAGUCACUCCACCCUCCAGUAACAAGAAAUCUCCAAAGGAGAGGAAAUUUCUUCCAUGCAAAGAUCGUGAGUUUGACCCUGACAAACAUUGUGGGUGCUGGAUUCCUGACAUUGCGAAACAGUGUACUCGGUCUCUCACUUGUAAGACUCAUGCUCUUUCAUUACGACGAGCCGUGAAGGGAAGAAGCAAAACGUUCGAUGAACUGCUCAAAGAACAUCGGGCAGCCAAGGAACUUCUCCUCAAACAGAAAGCUGAGAUGGCAGCUAAGGCAGCAGCAGCCUCUGGGGGCGGGGCAGGGCCGGGGGGAGGGGGUAGCUCCAAAUCUGGUCAUACCGAUUCUAAUGCUCACUCAAAAGAUGGUGUCACUCAUUCCAAAGUGCCACACCCACCCUCCAUGUCUCCCACUCAGAAAAACAAGUCUCAUGCCAAGCCCCACAACUCAGUAUUUCAAAGACCUACCUCAACUGUCGCCCCGCCUUCCCUGACACAUAUCAAGGAGGAGCCUACUUCUGUUGCUAUGGAUACAAGUGGUGGUCGUCUGUCGAUGGAGGAUGGAGAUGAGGAUCAGGACCGAUUGGAUGCCACUUACCUGCCAUACCACCCGCAACCUGCUGCUAUGUGCCGGUUUGGCGCGCACGGUUUAACGGAAGUGGGUGCCAUGCAUUUUCUCGCCGUGCUGACUAUGUACGAGCAGCUUUCCUUAGUGCUCUGGAGCGCCACCUACAUCCUCCGCCCCACAAAAAACUGUGUGUCGAGUCCAACUUGCCAAAGGAACCCCUUCUGGUCACAAAUUCCAAAGAUCCGUAUGAAUUCAACAUGGACGAUGUCAGUGCAGGUUCUCACAACUUCAUCGGAGUGAUAAACUCUGCCAACAAAAGUGCUUCAAAACCAAAAUCAAAGUCCUCCUCCUCUUCAUCAGCUGUUUCAUCAUCAUCAAGUAGCAAUCGGACUUCUAAAUCUCCU